AUGAAGCCGCUUGCUAGUCUUGCUGCUCUCGUCUCCCUGGCUGCAACCGCUCCUCAAGCCGCCCGCCCCCUUGACGUCCAGUUCCAGAUGGAUGGCAACAGUGCCAUCAGGGCUACCAUCACCAAUAAUGGCAAGAAGGACUUGAAAAUCUUCAGGACAGGCACCAUUCUCGACAGCUCUGCGAUUCAAAAGACCCGGAUCACCGAUGUAGACGGCAAGGCCAUACCUUUCAUCCGGCGGCAAGUUCGACAUCCACUCAUCGGGCGUCAUGCACUUUGCCAACGACGACGACAACACGCUCAUCGGCUCCGUCCCCUACACAACUCCAUCACGGCCGAAAUCCACGGCUCCGAGGCAGGCUCCGUCCUCAAGUCCUUCCUCCGGGCCGACAAGCGCGCCAAUUUCCAGUCUGACUGCACUGGCCAGAAGCUCUCCGUCACACAGAGCGCGCUCUCCAACUGCGCCCGGCUCGCCAGCGCCGCCCCGUCGGCCGCGUCUUCCAACGACGCCAAGGUCAACGAGUACUUCAAAGACUCUAGCGCAUCGACGAAGAAUACCGCCGUGUCCGAAGUGCUAGGCAAGGUGGCCACCGAGUGCGGCUUGACCAACGGCGGCGUCUCCAAGUACUACGCACCGACGUCGCCGAUCACUGCACAAGCGGUUUUGCCUGCCUUGACGUCCCAGUGCCAUGCCCAGAACCAGGCCACGACCGACUCACACGAGAUUACGCACCUGAGGCAGAUCAAGGGCACAGCUGACAAUGGCUACGGUUACCAAAAUGCUAUGAAGCUGGAUACCCAGAACGCUCUUAACAACGCCGACACCUAUGCUUUGUUUUCCAACGCCAUCCAAGUCAACUGCUAG